UUCAAAAAAAAUAUUGUAAAUAACUUAAGUUAAAACAUUUUUUCUGUCUUUUUUGUUAUCAUAUCUGUCUUUUUGGUUAAUACUUCCGCUACCACUUUAGUUGCCACGCAAAUGAUAAAUAUCACUUCAGAAGAAAAGUUAAAUUUCCUUUUUGAUGUAAAUUGCUCUUUAGAAGUUCAAAUGGAAGAUUUCGAUGAAAAUUGGUGGCCAUUAGUUUCAAAUAUAUGGACACAAUGGAUUUCAUAUAAACAAGUAAAUGGAAACUUUUAAAAGAUUUUUACCUGCCAUUUUACAAAGCAUCGAGACUCUAGUAUAUGACAAAAAAAAAAUAUUUCUAAUGAAAAAUGCUGAAUAAUGAAUACAAGACCAUCUGGAUUAUGUCAUG